AUGCGCACACCAUAUUCGAGCGUUGAAGGCAAACCCCAUUUCUACUCCAGCUACAAUGGCCGACAGAUACUCGUUUUCGUUAACCACAUUUUCGCCCAGGUAUGUUUCACGUCCUCCUGUUUUCCUGUUCCUACUAACAACCACAGCGGAAAAUUGGUGCAGAUUGAAUAUGCGUUGAACGCAGUCAAACAAGGUGUCACCACCAUCGGAAUCAAGUCCGCCAGCGGAAUUGUUCUUGCCACAGAAAGAAAAGCCAACUCGAAUUUGUUGAAAAACGACUGCAACAACAAGGUCGAGAUGAUCACGCCCGACAUUGCCAUGACGUAUUCGGGAAUGGGCCCCGACUUUCGUGUUCUUGUCGACAGAGCUAGAAAGUUGGCCCACACAAACUACAAGCGCAUUUACAACGAGUACCCGCCAGUCAAGAUCAUGGUGCAGGAGCUUGCCAUGGUGAUGCAAGAGUCGACGCAAUCGGGCGGAAUCCGGCCGUUUGGCGUGUCUUUGCUUGUGGGUGGAUACGACCAGCAUUCCGAGAAAUUCCAGUUGUACCAGGUGGACCCUUCCGGCAGUUAUUUCCCGUGGAAGGCCACGGCGAUCGGCAAAACAGCAGUGCUGGCCAAGACGUUUUUGGAGAAGCGCUGGAACGAAGACUUGGAGUUGGAGGAUGUGAUCCACGUGGCGCUUUUGGCGUUGAAGGAGUCGGUGGAUGGCGAGUUGACAGGCGAGAACUUGGACAUCUGCGUCAUCAGCGACCCGCAGGACCACAUGUUGGGUUUUCUGGGCACAGACGUGUCGGGGCCUCGUGUCAAGAAGCUUACGGCGGAGGAGAUCAACGACAGACUAGAGGCGUUGUGA